UGGACCUCCUCCUGAGCUCAACCUCUCCAAGUAUUUUCGCUCGAAACUGGGAAAGUCGCCCAGUCCUCCUCGCCUGCAGCCUGAGCUCCACCUGGGACGGCAGGCUGCGAUAAGUCGGCUCUGCGGUAGAAAUGAUCCGGGGCGAAGAAGGAGUCCUCGGCGGGCUGGACCACACUUUGGGCUCUUUUCGAUCCUUCACGGCUGUGUCUUUGUUUUAGCUAGCGACGCGUUAGCCGCUUCCGGAAAAAGAAAAAAAACAAAACAAAAAAAACAACAACCUUCGCACAGAAAAUCAAGAUGAAGACACGGAGAUAACAUUGUUGACUCUGGAUUGUUGUUUCUUCGUUUGAGUGGAUUCAGCUUCGGACAUGCACACAUAGACUUGUGAAAUAUCUCUGAUAGGUUGUGAGGAGAUAAGAGAACGCCAGUCUUUAUAAGACACAGGAGCUUGGACUGAGCUUCCUCAGAUAAUGGCUACAACAGAAACCAAGGUUGCCGGCAGCGGCAGCACUGCUGGUCUGUCGUGGGCACGUGUCUGUAAAGAGUGUGGCCAGCAGCACGACGGCCUGGACAGCCACCUGUACGAGUACCAGGAUGAGGUGGAUGAUGAACUGGUUUGCCACAUUUGUCUGCAGCCCCUGCUCAGACCUAUGGAUACACCAUGUGGCCACACUUAUUGUUUUCACUGUCUGAGCAACUUCUUGAAGGAGCAGGACUUCUGCCCUGUGGACCGCCAGCGGCUGCAGCUCCAUCAAUGCCGUCCCUCCAGCCUGCUGGUCAGGAACCUGCUGGACAAGCUGACUGUCAUGUGUCCCCACAAUGCAGAGUGCCAGCAGCAGAUGCAGCGCUGUGAACUGCAGCCUCAUCUGCAUAACAGAUGUCCUGUUUUUAGAAGACUCAGAGAGGAGGCAGAGAAGAGGAAGAGGCCCUCAUGGAAUGAAUUAAAGGGACGUAAGGGUGAUGGGGAGACGUCUGGAGAUGCUAAACAUUCAGCAACACAGUCUCGAAAUCACAGCCGGGAUCAGCCUGAGCCUGGUCUUAUUAAUCCUGCCUACGAGGAAAGUGAAGACGACAACACCCCCCUGCGGUCCAGUCUGGUGGCCGAGGCCAAUGUGGUGGAGCUGUUCAGAGAGGAACCGGAGGAGGAGCUGGGCCUUCGCAUCGUGGGGGGGAAAGACACACCGCUGGGAAACAUAGUCAUCCAGGAGAUUGUCCGGGACUCGCUAGCUGCUCGUGAUGGCAGACUGGCCCCAGGGGACCAUAUUUUAGAGGUGAAUGACGUCAGUUUGGCUUCAGUUCCUCACGCCAGGGCCAUCGCGGUGCUGCGGCAGCCUUCCCUCCUCAGGCUCACUGUUAUGCAGGAGAAAGGUUUCAAAUUAAGGGAUCAACGGUCCGAUCAUCACCUGUCAACUCCCGCCACUUCCACUGCCUCCCAGCCCUCUCACAGUCCCCACGGCAAUGCUACCUCCAAUCACAACCCCGGUACGGUCCUGCAGGUGACGCUAAUGAAGAGUCAGCGCACAGAGCCGCUUGGCAUCAAACUCAUCCGCAAGUCUGAUGAGAGUGGGGUUUUCAUCCUGGACCUGCUGUCCGGUGGUUUGGCAGCCAAGGACGGAAAACUGAGGAACAACGACAAAGUGUUGGCCAUCAAUGGACACGACCUGAGGCACGGGACACCUGAGAGCGCCGCUCAGAUCAUACAGGGCAGUGAGGUGCGUGUGAACUUUGUGGUGAUGAGACCUGCAGAGGCUCAGGAGGAAGGUGGAAGCAGCAGAGAGGGACAACACAGCAGAGCAGCCAGGAGGGCGCCAGAGCCGCAGUACUUCAGGCGCCGGUCCACCUACAUGAAGGAUCCUCCAGGUGGGUUUUCCAGUCAGGAGAAGACUGUGAGUCUGAAGAAGGAGCCUCGGCUUUCGCUUGGCAUCACCAUUGCAGGAGGGAGGGAUUGUCGCAGUCGCCUGCCCGUGUACAUCACGAGUGUGCAGCCCGUUGGCUGUCUGCACCGAGAUGGUACCAUCAAAAGAGGUGAUGUUCUGCUAAGCAUCAACGGAGUUGAUUUGACCCAGCUGACCUACAAUGAGGCAGUUUCUGUGCUGAAGGCUCAGACAGCUCAGUCCCAGGUGGUGCUCCGUGUCAUUCAGACCCUCUCUGAGGACUCAGAGGAGGACACCGAGGUUGGCAGCAAGGACGAACUCGACUUUAUGGACGACCCACGAGACGACGCCCUCAACUGGACGCCGCUGUGGACUCGCUGGCUGGGAUUACCAAGUCACAUGCACUGGUGUCGGGACAUCGUGCUGCAGAAGACAAACAACGAGAGCUGGGGUUUCAGCAUCGUCGGGGGGUAUGAGGAGAGCCACGGGCAGCAGCCCUUCUUCAUUAAAACCAUUGUGCCUGGUACACCUGCUCACUUCGAUGGACGCCUCAAAUGCGGUGAUGAGAUUGUUGCGGUGAACGGAGCGACAACUGUGGGAAUGAACAACUCGUCUCUCAUCCCCAUGCUCAAACUGCAGAAGAAUAAAGUCACACUGACUGUAGUGUCUUGGCCGGGUAGUCUCGUGUAGCAAAACACACUUUCUCAUUCUCUUUCUCUUUUCUUUGUCGCCCUUUUCGUUGAACACACACUUGUUUUCCUGUUUAGUUGCAUACUUCACUGGGACACUCACUGUCAUCUCCUUAUGCAACUCGUUUGGUCACAUUCUCCGUUAAUGUUUCUGAUCAGUUGUGUUGCACAGAACACGUGUGAACUUAAAGAGCCAUCUCAUGUAUGAUAGCAAUGAUUUUCACAGAAAUAAUGUUUGUUUCAGUGCACUCACAGAGCAGUUGAUUGCACUAUCAGAGUGCAAAAACGACGACAAUCAGUGCGUUAUAUGCUAAGGACAAAGUGGAAGGAUUGUUAUUUUUGAUCCUGUUUUAAAGCUGUGUGUAUAUUUACCAGUUCAAUAUUGUAUUAUUUGAUUAUCAUGAUAAAUGAUUCACAUAAACCGUGUACAAAGAUGAAAUACAGUGAAUAUUUGUUGUAAGGAGGAAUUAUUAAUGACAGAACGUGCGCUGACUGUAAACCGAUGCCAAAGACAGAACAUCUUCUUGUCCUGUACCUGACGAGUGUGAUUUAAUCAACUUAAAUAUUAUUUCACUUUCAAAGCGUGCAACAGUGAUAAAGCCUUAAUGAAAAUUCAAUUAAACCGAAUCCAGUCGACAGUAAGAAUAAAAUCAGCUCCAGCCACAGUGUGUUACAGAGCGAGACUAUUAACUGGAGGGUUUUGUGGGAAUGGGAAUGUUCGUUUUAGAUGGUCGGCAAUAUUUGACUUCCAGUUCUGUCAUAAAGUAAACAGAAAAUGCGUGUAAAUUUUACGAAUAUCAUUCAAUCAGAGUUGCAUUGGUAGCACAUAGCUCGGGUACAAAUUAAUUCCUGUCCAAUUUAUAAUGAGAUGCAAACUUGGUCUUAUAUUGAUCAUCUGAGCUACUCUAAAUAAGCAAAUAAACUCUGCGAUUAACAUUCGGUUUUAAUCAAAAAUGCUGUUAUGAAUGAAACAUUUAUUUGAUUUAUUAAUCGAAUGGUACAUGUCCCUAUAUCGGCGCUCUGUAUUUAUUUUCAAAUGAUAAAAUGGCUCGUACUGAACGACUUUAAUAAGCGGGUGCCUUGUAGACAUUGAAGGACGAACCAGAAUGUAUACUUGCCUUAAAUUGCCACCCUACCAAAAAUGUGUUUUCCCCCCCUUCAUUAUUUCCUUUCAUUAUCUACAGUUUAUUUUGUAGGAAGGAGAAUGGCCUUGUUCAGAUACAUUUGUGUCAACACAUUCCCAGUGGCCUUGCUUGUAUCUUAAUGGAUGCAGGACUUAUUGAACAACUCUGUGGCUGUGAAAUAUGAAUAUACAGCAGGUGGUGUGUGUAUUAGCCCGUCCACUGUUACAUUAUGUUCAAUAAAAUCAUAUCAAAUCACA